AUGGUAUUGAAACAAAAAGGUUGUUUAAUGUCAUUUUGGGCCAAUCAAACAACCAAGCUAUCUGUUCCUUCCCAUUCCAGUUAUUCCGCUUUAGAGUUCCAGUCCAAUACAGAUCAACUUAUUGAGCCGAUAAAUAUCGUUGAUACCACAUCAGAUGUCUCUCGCCCUGAUAUCCUAAGCACAGUUCAAAUUGAGACGAAGAAGGCCAAGACUCAUGCUCAAGACACAAUCAAAGCAGAAAUCGUUGUUUUGAAUCAAGAAAUAGUUGCUAUGAAAAGCAAAAAUAGAAGUGGCUUAUGGACCGAUGCUGAAGAAGAAACCUUUAAAAAGAAGAAGGCCAAUGUCCAGGAACUCACGACUAAUCUUAACAAGUUGAUCUGCAACAUGAAGUCAAAACAAAAAUCAAGGGCUGAAAAGAAAACUGUCAUGAAUCAGGUGUUUGCUGACCACCCGGAAGUGAAAAAAGCUCUUAAAGUACGUGACGGAAUCUACUAUUGAGGUAGAACAAUCUGAGAUAUUACGUGUCAUCAUACAACUUGCUGAACAUGGAUCUGCUGCCCACGAUAAAAGACAAUCUAAAGUGUAUAGGGUACAACUUUAGCUAAUAAAAAAUUCUAUUCGACUAUAUUAGGUCUCAUUAUAACUUUUCAGCCUCUAAACACUGUACUCUAUUUACUGAUAAUUUUUUUAAAUUACUUUUAAAGAGCCUUAAAUCGUUGAAUGAGCUUGGUGCCGAGCUCGAAAAGAGAGGUUACCAUCUUAGCAGAAGUGCUUUAUAUACUCGUUUGCUUCCAAAACGGAGUGAUUCGCUUGAAGAAAAGAGACACGUCCACACGGUUCAAGUCAAGUUGAUGCAGGCUCAAAAUG